AAAUAAAAAGGGCUAUGGGUCUAUGCAGUAGGCUGCACGAAGAUCAUAUGAAUCCAGUCCCAGCUUUAACAUGUUGCAUUGCAUCUUGACGUUUGCGGUAUGCCUGUUCGGACUUCGAAGAGUUGAGGCGGUCACGUGCUAUCAAUGUAAUGGUGUGAGUGACACGGCGUCAUGCUCUAGUUCAGUUCUCCAGUGUGCAGAGGAUGAGUAUUGUUUUGCCGAGAGAAAAGUGGACAAUGCAUUACGAGAAUAUUACAUCAUGGGGUGUCAGAAACAGUUGACUUGUCAGACUCUGGAGAGCUCCGGUAUAAUUGUUGGCAGGAAAAGGAACGAGAGAAAUCAGCCUACAGAGGAGAGAACAACAAGGGAAGCAACACUGUGUAACCGCUGCUGUUACACGAGUUACUGUAACUUAGGCAUUUGCGGACAUGUAGGUGUGACGCCCACCAACAUACCCGCACUAUCUGACAUCUAUGUCCGGCUGUUUGCUGGGAACAACCCGUACGAGGGCACGGUGUCUGUCUACUACAACGGUGUGUGGGGAACUGUGUGUGAAGACAACUGGUCAGCAGACGACGCCCGGGUAGUGUGUGGCAUGCUGGGAUACAGGGGAAAUGGAGCAACAGGCACCCAGGGUGGCUGGUUCCUGCCUGGCCAGGCUCAGAUUUGGUUGGAUGACGUCACAUGUAGCGGCACGGAGACGAGCUUGUCACAGUGUACCCACGGGGCGUGGGGCGUGUCAAACUGUGCUCACAACGAAGAUGCCGGGGUCAUUUGUUCAUCAGUUGUUCCCGAAGAUGACGUCAUUUUUCUGGUGGACACUGGAUCCAAUGGAGUGAUAUAUCGCAUGAACCUACGGACUCAGUCCUUCACACCCAUCCCCCUGCUCUCCAUCUACUCCGCCAGCACCCUGGACUACGACCCGAGCACGGGGAGAAUUUACUUCACAGACGCCAGACACUCUCAGAUCGUCAGCAUGAGGUUUGAUGGCACUGACCUGACCAUCCUAACACAGCUGGACAUCAAUGCCCAGGUAGAAAAUGCCGUGGUCGACCCCAUCAAUAAAAUUCUUGUCUAUACCGACGAUGGUCUGAAUGUCAUUGGUUCCAUUAACCUGGACGGCAGCGACUUGAGAAACGUGGUCAGCUCAAAUGUGGAAAGUCCAAGAGGUUUGGCGCUUGACCCAAGAACAAGGAUAAUCUACUGGACUGACUGGGGGACCCAUCCAAAGAUCGAGGCUGUCGACUAUGAUGGAUUUAAUAGAAAAACAUUGGCCAAUACUAAUCUGAGAUGGCCUAAUGAAGUGGUCAUCGACUAUACAACCAACAUGCUGUAUUUUGUUGACGGUGGUCUGGGAACACUAGAAACUAUGGAUCUCAAUGGCGCCAACAGAAGGGUUAUUUUAAGAGAUAGCAGCGCCCAUUUCUUCUCGCUGGAUGUGUUUGGAGAUUACUUGUACUACACUGACUGGAACAGACACACGCCGAUGCGGGUUAAAAAAGAUGGCUCAGGUCUGACUUCAGUCGGACCGCCAAGCUUCAAACAACUGUCAGAGAUCAAGAUACACAAGUACGGCACUGAUCUGGCGGGUCUGGCAACACAAUCACCCCUACACUUUGACCAGAGCCGCGUGUUCGUGAGACUGGCUGGGUACGGGGACGCUACCACAGGGAGGGUGGAGAUCUACGCCAACGGUCAGUGGGGGACAAUAUGUGACGACACGUGGGACGACAAUGACGCUAAGGUGGUGUGUCACAUGCUGGGUUUCGACAGAACAAAAGCCAAAGCAACCUCCAACAGUGUCAAUGGCGCUGGUAACGGACUUAUAUCCUUGGAUGGGGUUUACUGCACUGGCAGUGAGAACCACAUAGCCACAUGUGGCAUAGACCCAGACAACUGGGCCGUCCACAACUGUGCUCACACUGAGGACGCGGGCGUUCUCUGUGAACCACCUGUACAAACAGGUGUUACAGAUAGUCCAAUUGACAAUUUUCUGAUCUUCGCUCAGGUCGAUACUGGACUAAUCGUGCGAAUGGAUCUAAACACAUACAGCUACACAAUGAUCCCAGUGGGCUACUCACCCAACCCUGUGGCCAUCACCUUUGACCCCAACGACCAACUCAUCUACUUCUCUGAGGUGUACACAAACGGCUCAGAGAUUCGAACCACGAACCACAGAGGGACCAGUGUACACUCUCUGCCGAAUAUUCCGCCAGGCAGUGUGAUUGACGGGCUUGCCAUCGACAAGUCCAGGAAUGUGCUGUUCUAUACGGAUGCCGGCAACAAGAGGAUCGUAUCGGUGGAUCCAAACGGUUCUGGCUUCAAGAUAGUCAGCGCCAACGUGGACCAACCGCGGGGUCUGGCACUCGAUAGGAAGACUGGUGUUGUGUUUUGGACUGACUGGGGCGCUUCUCCUAAGAUUGAGAAAGCAAACUACGACGGUUCUAACCGACAGACGCUCGUCAACACUGGACUUUCUCAACCCAACGGCAUCGCUGUUGAUCCUGACGCUGGCCUGUUGUAUUUCUGUGACUCGGGUCGUAAAACCAUCGAGGUGGUCAACAUUGACGGCACCCACAGAAAAGUUCUCUUCAGGGACUACACCGCUCACUUCUUCGGUCUGACCAUCACAUCACAGUACAUUUACUACAGCGACUGGACCAAAUGGAACAUUUACCGACUGAACCGUGACGGCACGAAUCACGUGAUGGCUGGUCCAGACACCUUUCAAAAAAUUAACGGCGUGUUCGCUUACCAGUCGAGUUUUUCCUGAUGGCCGAUGUUUCUUUGAAUUCUUUCGGUAUUAAAUGUAUUAAUGCAAUUGA